GUGGGAACCGUAGGACUGGGUACCGCUAGUGUAGUGUAGCAUGCAGACAGCUUACAUGAAGAGAAUGAUUUCCAAUUUUAGUAGCAUCAACUUGACCGCGAAAUUUUAUUUUAUUCCAAUCGAGAUUCUUCUAUUUGAUAUCAACUUUCUUUGUCCUCUACAAAAUUUAUUCUGGAUAACUGCAGAGGCAUUUUUGUGUCCUACAUACACAUAUGUAAUUAUUAAUGCUGGAAAAAAACCAUCGUGUUGUAAGCGUACGCAACCGUCUACAUCUUGUCUUGCAAUAACAGCCUCGAUAAGAAAGUUGGCGCAACGGUUCAAGGGAAGCUUCCCAAAUUACAAAGACCCCGACGUGGGCUACUGUUAACCUACCCGAGCAUAAGCUAAAACACCAAUGAGUGUAAAAGCAAAGGCCACAGGGAGGAACGAACACAUGUUACACAAGGAUAGAGGAGCCUGUGUAAUAACGGAGCAAGACUCAAAACCAGAUUGUGACACGACCUACAUCAGAGUGACUGUGUAUUGCAAGACCCGUAGACAAUUUUUUUUUGAAAGUUUGUUAAAUUUCAUCUGGUUGAUCCGUUGUAUUUGGUUAGUUAUAUAUAUAUAUAUUUUGAAUUGGAAGUGGACAUAUCUGAACGUGUUGAAACUGGUUGUACUGAGUUAUCAAGACGCUUAGGUAUGUGUAGUCUAUUAAUUAUGAGUUCGAACUUGCUUUGGUUUGAAUCUUAAGCCUUUUUUUCUAUUUCCUUAAGAACCAUUAGACCGAGCCUAACCAUAUAGCUAUUUGUAUUCUCUAUUUAGUAUUUGGGAGAACUCUUUAUCAGUAGCGAGCAUAAGUGCGGGUACAGAAGUUGUUUGAUGAUUAUGUAAUGCGACGUACUAGUCGAUAUGUAUUUAGAUUAGUCUUUCAGGGUUGGUUUGAAUAUUGAAAGUUAUCGUUAGGUACAAGACAAGCUACGGUUUAGGAUUCAAUAGAAGAAAAGUAUUUGUGUAAAAAUAGUUAAGAAGGUUCA